CUUUUAGUUACUUUUAGUAUAUUAGUGUAGUCUGUUAGUUUGUUUUAUUCAUUGACAUUGCAUAAGUACUUUAUAAAGAUUUAUCAUGCCUUGUAUUAUUUGUAGAGCUGGAGAAAGCGAAGUUAUGAAGAUGCAUUAUUUUCCCUCUAAUCUUGAAAGAUCUAAAAACUGGCAAGAAAUAUUGGGAAUAAAGUACUCUGGGGACUCUCUUAGAAACUACAGAAUAUGCAACAAACAUUUUACAUCAGAGUCUUACAUCGACUUGAUAGGUUAUAAGCUUAGGAAUGAUGCAGUUCCUAUGGCUUGGCUGUCCUUUUCAAAGUCUGUACCUAAAGUAUUGUCAGAAUAUAAUGCAGAACAUAUUACCAGUAUUACUGCUAGUGGUUCAGGACUUUUAUCAUCAGCAUGUGUUGGUAAAGAAAAUGUAGAAGAUAAUUUCGAGGAACUUGCCUCAGAAAUUACUCUUAAAAAUGAAGGUUUGCCACAGCCAGAUGUUUCUGAAACUUCUUCCACUGGACAAAGAACAAAAAUAUUCAGAAAUAUUGAAAAUUUUGGAAAAUUGCCAAAAUUAUUUAACAAACAAAAUACAUUUUGA